AUGUGUGCCGCGCCUGCGAGCACGGGCGUCCUGGGACCCCUGAUUGAAGAGGCGAUGGGCCAGGCAGCCUUUGACACUGCCAAGGCCAUUCAAUGCUCCGCUGAAGGCUUCCCCUCCUCUGGCUCUACAGAUUCAGUCUUGCUCGCCAACCUCCGCCCUUUCUCCCGCGGGCCUAACUGCAUGCCCUUGUUCCCCUCCUCAAGCCCCUCCUUCAGCCCCAGACUCAUGUACCUUAAUAUAUCCUCUGAGCGCACUAAACCGAGGAAGACCAAACCUUCUUUGCAGACAAACUGCUCCAUUGGCGAGGACGCAGCCUCAAGCCUAGCCAUCCCACCUUGUCUGAUAACUGCCCGCUGA